AUGAGUUCUACAACGACAAACUCUAGCAUUCAUACACUGAGGGAGUGAAGUCUGAGGAGGGCUGAAAUUACAUAUGGUUAUUAGAGAGGAAAGAAAAAGUAAGCCCAAUAAAAAAAUAGAACAAGCCCUUGGGGGAGUCCCUCCCUUGAAUUUGUGCUAGGUAGAGUAUCUAUAUGCUCGGACAUAAAACCCAGACGAUGUUAGAGGGUUGGUAAAGAUGGCGGCGCUCUCCGUGGAUGGGAGGUAUGGACUGAAUUGUGGCCGACGGAAUACAGACCACGUCACUGUAUUGCACGUAAAAUUGACAGAGACAGCUUUCAGAGCGAUAGAAAAGUACCAAACCUCUAAGAAUGUAACGUCCUCAUGGCCAACAAUGCAAUUCAAGGGACUCCAAGGGCGUAUUAAGAUCCCAAGGACUGACUCUCCAGAUGGAUCUCAGAACUUUGACUUCUACCUGUCCAACCUGGGCAAGGACAACCCUCAGGGAAGCUUUGAGUGCAUCCAACAAUAUGUGUCCAGUUCGGGAACCCCGCACCUGGUGUCCUUGGGGGUGGUUCAAGACAAAGUCACGUUAUGUGCCACCAACGACUCCUACCAGGUGACUCGGGAGCGCAUGACGCUGGCUGAGGAGGAUGGAACCAAAGUCCUCAAGCAUGGAGGCCAUUUCAAAGGUAAGAAAGUCCAGAUCCGCAAGCCAGCGCCGUCAGGCUCUGAACCAGUCGCGGAGCGCAAACGCUCCACCCCCAUCAACCCAGCCAAGACCAUCCGCAAGUGCCUUGCCAACAACCUGGUUUCCCAGCGCCCAUACCGCGACCGCCUCGUCCACUUGCUGGCGUUGCGCUCCUACAAGAAGCUGGAGCUACUGGCCAGGAUGCAGCGGGACGGGGUCAGUCAGAAGGACUGCAGCUCUCUUGGGAGUACCCUGCAACAAGUGGCCAACCUGAACCCCAAAGAUAACUCGUACACUCUGAAGGACUUUGUGUACCGUGAGGUGCAGAGGGACUGGCUGGGCUACUCUGAGGACGACCGCGUUCAGGUCAAUGGGAUUCUGGCCCGGAAACUGGGCCUUCCCACUGAGCCGCUUUCCUCCAGCGGUCCUCCUAAAAAUGGCUUCCCGGGUUCCCCACAGAAGUGCCAGCCCGAGUUGCCGAGUCACUUCACUGACCCCUUGAUGCCCAAGAAGCCCCGCAUUUCCCAUGUCACCAGCCAAGGGCCACCCACCACCCCCACCUCGUCCUCUAGAGUGCGCCGCAGCGCCACCAAGGGGGACAACAGCCACCACAGCGCCGCUCCCGCCACCACCAAACGCUCGUCUCUCCCAGCCAGGCCCACCACGGCUGGCCCGCCCCUCAACCACCUCCCCCCUCCCUCCCAGCUGCCCGUUUCUCACCGCCGUCAUAUGUCUCAUCACCCUGGCCUGGGCUCCAACUCCAGCUCGCCCAGCACGCCUGAGGGCCGUGGCACCCAGGACCUGCCCCUUGACCAGAGCUCAACCUGCCUGGACCCCUCCUCACCGAUAGCCAGCCCCCCAGGCAGGACCGCCGACCGCUAUGGCUCCGGCAUGCUGCCACCGGCCAGCUCCAGCCGCCCAGCCCUCACCAUCUCCUCUUCAUCAUCCUCUUCCUCUACCAUUAUCCCCCCUCCUUUGCCCAGCAGUAGCAAGAAGUCAAAGAAGCACAAAGGGAAGGACAGAGAGAAGGAGCGCUGUAGGGAGGGGCACAGCAUCACAUGCGAUGGUGUCAGCCCCCCAGAGGUACAGGUUGAGGACGGCCAAAGGCCCAGGAAGAGAGACCGCGCCAACGGGGAGGAAAGACGAAAGCCAGUCAUCCCCGCCAAAAGCCUAUUCUGCUCAGACGAAGACAAUAAAAAGAGGCCAGUCCACUCCACAGACUCCUCCACCACUGUGAUGCCAGAUUACAUAUGUAAGUACAUGGCAGUGGUGUCCAUGGACCAGAGGCAGACUUACAAGGACAACUUCAAUGCAGAGUAUGAGGAGUACCGCAUCCUGCAUGCCCGUGUGGAGAAGAUCACUCGCCACUUCACCCAGCUAGACGCUCAGUGCAGGAGGCUACCGCCUGGCACCAAAGAGUACCAGGAGGUACAUGAAGACGUGAUGAAAGAGUACAACAAAAUGAGACUAGGCAAUGUCCCCUUCACUUCCCUAGGGCAUUGGGAUAUCCUUAGACCAGAGAGACUGCCCCCUACUGGCCCUCCAACACCAACACCACUUCCAGCAGCAGCUGGUCUCCCAACCAGGACCGACCCUGCUUGGCUUAAGAAGCAAGCCAGCAGUGGGAUGCAGGGUUGUAUGCUGCUGCACAGCCCAAACUACCAGGUGGAGAAGCAGCGCUGCGAGUACCUGCACAACAAGCUGGCCCACAUCAAGCGCCUCAUCGCUGACUUUGACCAGCGCAGUUCCCAAUCCUGGAGCUAGAGCAACAGUUUCAAGACCACACAGUUUUGAGGUGGUUUAAGGGGUGUGCGGAGCAAGGGGGUUUCAACUUGCUUUUAUUUAUUCAGACCCCCCUGUCUCUGCUGCCCCCCCCCCCCUUCUCGUAAUGGUUUCUCAUGAAGCUCCUCUUCAAUUAUACAACACUGGUCUAGAGGAAGGGAACUACAUGCGUGUGGGGGUAGGGGGGAUACUUAACACUUUUAGCCUUUGAAGGACUUUAUCCAAAAAUGUAACUUAUUUUUGAAAGCAGAGAAAAUAUAAUACUUGUAUUUAA